AUGGAUGAUGAUAAUGCCUUAACAACUGUGAAGAACUGGCUCAAUUUCAUCAUAACUAAUCUUUGGGAGUAUCUACGACUAAAUGUUGGUCCUGCGAUUUCCAUGAAGAGUCAACUACAAGAGUUCUUUGGAGCACUAAGAUCCUUCAUGAACACCAUUUUCAAGCAGCCGUGCCUUAACAAAUUUACGAAAGACAUCGGAGCUGUGGUCAUUCUUGGGGAACAUAGUGGAUUCCAUCCGACAACAAGAGGAACUCCAAUCUUUAUGGGAUCGUGGUUUGGAGAUGACAUAUAA